AUGACUUGUUCUUCUCGUUGUUAUGAUGACUCGGAUGCUACUGAUUAUAGUUAUCAAAACUCUGAUACCGAUAUGCAACCUCAUUAUAACGAUGAGGUUGUUAGUAAUCAAGGGAAUGGUAAAACUUAUAAACCUUUACCCUCCAACUAUUUUGUUCCGCUACCCGAACUAUUACUUUUUAUUCAAAAAGUUACCACUAAAGCUCGAAUCGAUGUUCGAACAAUUAUAAUAGCGUUGAUUCUAGUUUUAAGAUUUAAGAAAAAGAUACAAAAUAAGUUACCAAAAAAUAAAAUACAAGGAGAAUAUGUCUCGUGGCUACUUUUUGAUAGUCCCGAUGAUUCCGAUGGCUCAGAUAGUCCGAUAAAAAUUCGUGGAUCUUUUAGUUCAACGAAUUUCAACGAAUAUCUGUUACACAUUUAUCAUUUACCUCUUCGCUUCUCAUUUGGAACAUUUCCUUAUAAUUCAACUUCACCAUCUACCUCAGAAGAAGAAUUACCUUUACCAAAAUCACCAUGUGAAUUACCUAUUAAUGAGCAAGAAAAUUUAUCAGAAACAAAUAAUCCAAUGAUACUUUCAACAACACCUUCAUCAGUUUCAUCAUCCGAUUAUGAUGAAAUAGCUUCACAACAAUUUAACCAUCAUGAACAUUCUUUAAAUUCAAUAAAUCAAAAAAUUGCUGAAAGUUCUGGAAUUUUUUCGAUAAAUGAAAUUAAUAAGGCGGAAAAAUCAUUCCUUAAAGUCUUGGGAAAAUUUCAAGUUAGUGAUGAAAAUGUUCGGGAUUUCAUAGAGAGUAACAGACAAGCUUUGGGAAUAUGUUGA